GCCCACUCAACGCCCGACGGUGUAUGCCGGUGUAUAUAUGAUACGAACCCAGUCUCAUUUGACUUUCAGGCAGAUUGAACUGCGCGGUAAAAGAAGUGGGACACAAACAAAAACAUGUGUCUGGAGCAGCGAUUAUUCUGAUGAGGAGACGUAGAAUCACCUGAGGAGUCGUGUGGCAUCAUCAGGACCAUGGGAUUGCACUCUGCCCAGAAGAAGCUCUUCCCCCUGCGGGGCAUCGACGGCGUGGUGCAGCUGUUUGAUGCUGAGCUGCGUAAGCCAGAACCAGACCUGGCUCUCCUCUCACUAGUUCUGGGCUUUGUUGAGCACUUUUUGGCCGUGAACCGGGUCAUCCCCAUAAACGUUCCGGGGGUUCGCUUUGAGCCGCUGGAGCCGGACUGUCCUACCUCUUGCUUCCCCACGGUGGAGCUGGGCAUGAUCUCUGCACUGUACGAACGCUUCACGGCUCAGAUCCGCGGCGCCGUGGACCUGUCCCAGUACCGAAGGACUGCCUCAGUGUCCAGCAGAGAGCUGGUGAAAAAGGUGUCGGACGUCAUCUGGAACAGCCUCAGUCGCUCCUACUUCAAGGACCGGGCUCACAUCCAGUCUCUGUUCAGCCUCAUCACAGGCACUAAACUGGACAGCACUGGAGUGGCGUUUGCAGUCGUGGCCGCUUGCCAGGUGUUGGGUUUGAAGGAUGUCCACUUGGCUCUGUCAGAAGAUCACGCCUGGGUGAUAUUCGGCAAAGAUGGCGAGGAAACGGCAGAGGUUACCUGGCACGGGAAGGGAAAUGAAGACCGCAGAGGACAAACGGUCACAGCUGGAGUUAAUGAGAAGAGCUGGCUCUAUCUGAAGGGCUCCUACAUGAAGUGCGACCGAAACAUGGAGGUGGCGUUCAUGGUCUGUGCCAUCAACCCUUCUCUUGACCUUCACACUGACAGCUCUGAACUCCUGCAGCUGCAGCAGAAACUUCUGUGGUUGCUGUAUGAACGAAACGACCUGGAGAGGUACCCCAUGGCCAUGGGAACGCUUGCAGAUCUGGAGGAUCAGGAUCCAAUCCCCGGAAAGGGGAACCCCCUGAGCAUACACCUGAAGGCUGUCCAGUCGGCCCAGAAGUAUUACAACAACGAGCACAUUUACCCCUACAUGUACCUCGCCGGCUUCCACUACAGACACAAGGACGUCCGGGAGGCUCUGAAAGCCUGGGCGGAUGCGGCUCAGGUCAUGCAGGACUAUAACUAUUUCCGUGAGGAUGAGGAGAUCUAUAAGGAGUUCUUCGACAUUGCAAACGACGUCAUCCCCACGUUGCUGAAGGAGACUGCAGCUGCUGACAGCACUGGAGAGGAAGGAGAAGGCGGGGAAAACACGGACAAGGUUUCCACCAAGCAGCCAGCAGCCUUCUCCGCACUCCAUGACCCAGAAUGCUUUGCCCACCUGCUGCGCUUUUAUGACGGCAUAUGCAAAUGGGAGGAGGGAAGUCCCACGCCGGUGCUGCAUGUGGGCUGGGCCACCUACCUGGUGCAGUCUCUCAGCCGCUUUGAAGCUCAGGUGCGCCAGAAGGUCUCCAUCAUCACCAAAGAGCCCGAGUGCCAAGAAGACGACGACCACUCCAGCGAGGAUCCCAGGGAGAGCCGGAGGAGAGGUCCCAGGAGAGAAUCCAAGCUGGAGGACCAGAGCUCCCCCCCCCAUGCCGCUCCCACCUCCCCGUCCAUGCAGCUGCUCGCCGCCGCCCAGCCCAAAAAGCUGGCAGAGGGAGGGGCGCGACGCCGCUCUUCCCACGGCCUGCGCGGCGGAGACGUCGACGGAACGCCGAAGUCUCCCAGCGCAGACUCCAUCCCGUCCCCCAUGUCCCAACAGCAGGCCUCCCCGAGCCCCGCCGGGCCCAUGGUGGUCUUUCAGAGCGAGAAGAUGAAAGGCAUGAAGGAGCUGCUGUGUGCCGCCAAGGUGAACUCCAGCGCCAUCAAGCUGCAGCUCACCGCUCAGUCGCAGGUCCAGAUGAAGAGGCAGAAGAGCACGCCAGCAGGGGAUUACUCCAUGUCCUUCCUGAAGCGCCAGCGAAAGUCGCUGUGAGCGGCCGGGACGGUCCUGGAGGUCUACAGGAUGUACUGUGAAAUGUUUUCAUCAGACCGCCGUCUCGCCCUCAAAGUUCUGAGCAAUACAUCUGCUGAUGUGACGUGAAGCAUCACAUAUCAUUGAACGUUCUUGUCAUGCUCGUGCAGUCCCGCCUGCAUGGACUGAUUGUAGGUACUCGUGGUUAGAUUGUGUUUUAUUAGCUGCUGAUUGCACAGUGAGGAAGCUAAAGAAACAGGAAGGAGGAGACAAACCUGCUCAUGACUGAGGGCUUGAUUUAAUUUAGGAUAGUUACUGUGUAACAUUUCCCACUCUUUAUAGACAGCUUAUUUCUUGCUAGCUCUAUGUUGCCUUAAGUUUUUUUUUAAUCUGUUGUUUUCUGAAGUAGGUGGCCUUUAGUUUUGAGAAUGCCAUAGUUUAGACUAUUUAUAGUAAUUGGAGAUGCCUGGAGAGACCAGACACUGUUCAGCUGGAGUCAUGCAACGUCUUCUCGGCCUAAUGACUUGUAGUUUUUGUUGCUUUGGUGUCUGCAAGAAAUAAAAGCUGAUGAAACGAAA